AUGACCUUGAUUAUGGCAGUUAUGGCGGAAUCAAAGUUGAGUAAGGACGUAUUUAAUGUUAAAAGUGAUAAUAAUGCCGACUCAAAAGAGCAUGUUUACCUCGAAGAAACAUUUUAUAUUCUUUCUAAAAAGAAAUCUGUUUUUCGUGUCAAGCUUACAUCUAAUGGAUUAUCUUUAAUCAAAGAGACCGAUGAUAGUUCAAGGGAGCAAACAAUACUUUUGCGGGAUAUUAUCGGAAGUAAAUGUAUGAGAAGCAAAAGACGUCGUGUUGGGGCAAGUUCUUGUGUUUGCAGUUCCCUCGUAGGCCACCAGCAGCUUAAGGUAGUCGAUGAAAACAGUGGCGACCUUGAUGAAAGCGAUAUUAGUGCAUAUCUUUACAUUUACGCUUACAAUUUAAAGCGCAGCCGCCGUAGUUUAAAACGAGAGAGAACCACAAUAACAUUGCGAUUUCGAUCCUAUGAUAAAUACGAAGAUAAUAACAGGGAAGCGCAAAAGUGGAGAACGACGAUAAAAUGUUUAUUGGCAGAUCAACCUAUCUCGUACAAUUUACCUCACAAUGAAAAAAAAUUGUUGAUACUUUUGAAUCCAAAGUCGGGUCCGGGAAAAGCUAGGGAAUUAUUUCAAACCAAAGCGGCACCGAUAUUACAAGAGGCAGAGACACCUUACGAUCUUCAUGUAACAAAAUAUGCACAAUAUGCUCGUGAAUUUGUUCGUACGAGGAACGUUUACGCUUGGCGAGGUGUCGUGGCAGUGGGUGGUGACGGGGUAUUGUUCGAAAUAUUAAAUGGGAUGUUUGAACGCUUAGACUGGCAACAAGCUCUUGCAGAAGUGCCAUUAGCUAUAUUACCAUGUGGUUCAGGGAAUGGCUUAGCUAGGACCAUCUGCCAUCACUACAACGAGCCGUAUAUCCCACAAAAUUUGACAGGAAUGACUAUGGCGUUGGCGAGGGGGAAAACUGCGCAUAUGGAUGUCGUUAGAGUCGAAACUAAAAGUAAAAUAAUGUUUUCCUUCUUAUCGGUGGGUUGGGGUUUGCUAUCAGACAUCGAUAUAGAGAGUGAAAGAUUAAGAGCAAUUGGAGGACAGAGGUUUACGCUCUGGGCAUUAGCGAGGCUGGUCGGAUUGAGAAAAUAUAAGGGGGUCGUCAGUUACGCCAAAAUAAAGGAUGUUAGCAAUUUGCCAAAGCCGAAACACCCGCUAACAAUAAGUCAUAGCGUGAGUCAAGAUGGUGCUCUCGAUUCGCCGGACGCGGAAGCGUUCUUCGAUUGCGAUGAAAAUUCUGAAAUUUUUACGAGCGCAGUGAACGGGAAGCAACACCAACGUGUCGACUCGUGGUACUCGGUGAACUCACGGCGAAGUGCGUUCUACAGUACACGAGGCUCCGAAUAUCACAGCGUGACUAGCAUAGGUUCCGAAAUGAGAUCGCCCGUCCACGCGUGUAUGCACGGGCCGGCUUCGCAUUUGCCCUCUCUCAUGUCUCAAUUACCCUCUCAUUGGGUUCACGAGCACGGCGAAUUCGUUAUGGUCCACGUCUCAUAUCAAUCGUAUAUCGGCGAAGAUUUAUUAUUCGCACCACGCUCCCAAUUAUCAGAUGGGGUCAUGUGGAUGCUUAUCAUCAAAGCGGGCAUAUCGAGAUCACAAGUUUUUUCAUUCCUUCUAGGAAUGAGCCAAGGAAAUCAUUCCGAUAUAAACACGGAGUAUAUCAAAAUGAUUCCUGUAAGCGCUUUCAGAAUAGUGCCAGAGGGACCAAACGGCUAUCUCACGGUAGAUGGCGAGCUCGUAGAAUACGGUCCUAUUCAGGCCGAAAUAUUUCCUAACAUAGUUAAUUUAUUAGUACCAGAUACGAAA